GCUCCAUGCAAUUUCUUUUUAUCCUUCCUACUAACUUCCUUAUGACUCACAUAAGUAUUAUUUAACUGUAAUAUAUCCUUUAAUAUUUCGUUUUCCCUUGUCCUAUACCCAUCCCAACUGCUGAAACUUAUGACAUAGUGCUAUAUUAUUUUACUACUAUUGGAUAGCCAUAUAUUUUUGCUACGUGAUUUGCCUUCUGUAAUUGAAAUGGUUAACUGUUCAAAGUAUAGGAUAUCAACCUACUCCCUCCCCCAACCCUACCACCACACACACAAAUCAUUAUCCCUCCCCCUUUUAAAAGUUUUUGGAUCCAGCAGUUAAAAAGACUGAGGAUACGCAACAUUCUUUCUUAAUCAGCCUGGGUCCUUCAAAACACAGUACUGGGACAGUGCAUGGAUGCAUUCUGAACUUUAACCAUGAAUAUAAAAAGUAUCACAUUAACGGCGUUUCUUGUUGCUGUUGGCACAAUUGUAGCCUUGGUCGCUUUUUUCUUGGUGGGGCCAAAAUUAAAACGCUGUGUGCUUAAAAAAGAGAUCUCUUCACAACUGAAGCACAAUGAAAAAAGUUUGGUUUUCGCAGAUUUGACACCAGAAGAAAUCAAUGAAGUGAUGGAUUACCUCAAGAAAAAUUUAAAGGUUGACUUAGUGGAUGUCUCCAAAGCUAACCCUGACAACAACUGCAUUUAUUCUGUUGUUCUUCAGCUCCCCAAAAAACAAGAUGUUCUUUUGUAUUUGGACAAGAGUGGGGCAAAGCCUAGAAGAGAAGCACUGGCUGUGGUAUAUUUGGGAAAGGAAACAAACCCCGAAGUUAAAGAAUUCGUGGUCGGACCUCUUCCAAACCCCACAUACAUCAAAGAUGUUACUAUCGAAAAAUAUCAUAGUCAAAUUCCUUAUUACCGCAGACCAGCGCUUGGUAAGGAGUUUGGACAAAUUGAAGAUCACAUCACCAAGGUGGAUUUCCCAAAGGCACAGACAUUUCUGAAAGAUGUUUUUGGAUAUAAUGACUAUGAAAGUGGUUUCUUUUCUUUUUUGACCAGUGCCCCACGUGGCUACAAGUCUGGAGACAGAAAUACCUGGUUUGUUGUUUUCUUUAAUAAUCAAGGCAGUGGUUUUUAUUUGCACCCAGUAGGACUGGAAAUCCUGGUGAAUCACAAAAACCUUGAUGUCAAAAAGUGGUCCGUGGAAAAGGUAUUUUAUAAUGGGCGUUUUUUUGAGGGCAUGGAAGAAUUGGAAACACAAUACCUGGCUGGCACUCUGACUGUAGUGAAAAUGAGGAAGCCACUGCUUAAAGAUGACUUUGCGUCUCUGAAACCACCUAAAAGCUCAGUCUCUGAUAUCCCCAGGCAGUACGAGCCGCAAGGACCACGUUACAGUGUCAAAAACAACAACAUUUUGUUCCAACAUUGGAGUCUUGCAUUUGGGGCUGAUGCUAACUCAGGACUUAGACUGUAUGAUAUCAGGUUUAAAGACGAGAGAAUAGUCUAUGAACUUAGCGUUCAAGAAGCCAUCUCGGUUUAUGGAUCAAAUGCUCCUGGAGGAAUGUUAACAAGAUACAUGGAUGGAAGUUUUGGGAUUGGACGUUUCAUGUUCCAGCUGGUGCGCGGCAUUGACUGUCCUUAUUCUGCUAGUUACGUUGACACAUUUUAUCUCUUAGAUUCAGACUCGUGGAUCCGCAACAAAGAUUCUAUUUGUAUCUUCGAGUUCAACUCGGGUCUUCCACUGAGGCGGCAUUUCUCAAGCCUGGGUUCCUUUUACUAUGGUGGCUUGACCAACACAGUUUUGGUGGUAAGAAGCAUUGCGACCCUGGGUAAUUAUGACUAUGUGUUUGAUUUCAUUUUCUAUCAAAAUGGGGCUAUUGAAUCAAAGGUCCAUGCUACAGGAUACAUCAGCACUUCAUUCUAUAUGGAAGGAGGGACAAAUUAUGGCAAUCGAGUGGGCCCCAACACACUGGGAACGAUCCACACACACUUCAUCAAUUACAAGGUUGAUCUGGAUGUUGGAGGUAAGUUGAUGCUCAGUAAAACAAGCAGUUGUGAGCUAUAAAAGUGUUUUGCAUAUUAUAUACCUCCGCACGGAGUCGGUUAAUUUAUUAGAUUGUAAUUAAUUUAAUUUGUUUGGUUAAUUUAAUUUGCCAGAUCUAAGUUUGAAAUUCAUGUUUCUUCGGCUCUCUUUUCAAGGUGUCA